AUGGCUCAGAGCUUCCAGCUUACCGGAGUAAGAACCGUGGAAGAACUGCUACUACGACAUCAGACGCUAAACGCAGAUGACUUGAGACAACGAUAUUCCUAUCUCCAAGGCCUUCCCAUCGACUCUUACUACGGUGCACGGCCAAGAAUCCUCAUCGGUAUGAAACACGUUCAAGUCAGCUUGGUGUUAAAAAGUAGAGAAGGAAACGUCGGGGAUCCAGUUGCGGUCAAAACACGAUUGGGUUGGACGGUUUGCGGUGGAAGAAAUGUAGAAAGCGACAACAUAGGCAAUCUCGUUCACUACACCUUCCACGUUUGCUCAUGUGAGCGAACGAAAGACGAUGAGCUGCAUCAGGCUGUGAAGAAUCAUUUCUCCCUAGAGAACCUCGGCAUUACGAAAUCGGAGAAGCUUCUUCUUUCGACCGAAGACCAACGAGCACAGGAUCUUCUGAGGCAGCUAACGUCUUACGAUGGUGAGCGGUAUACAACAGGGCUUCUAUGGCGUCACAACAAUAUUCGCCUCCCAGACAACUACGCUAUGGCCCUUCGAAGGCAUCAAUCCUUGCAACACCGGCUCACCAGAGACCCAGAACUGGCCGAAAAACUGAAUCGAAUGAUGGAGGAUUACGUUUCGAAAGGUUAUGUCAGGCAGCUCUCAGAGAGUGAACUCAGUAUGCGGUACCCCAGAGUGUGGUAUCUUCCGGUAUUUCCGGUGAUGAACCCGAAUAAGCCAGGAAAGGUGAGACUUGUCUGGGACUGCGCAGCAUGCUCCUUCGGUAUUUCGCUGAAUUCCGCCCUACUUAAGGGCCCUGAUCAACUCUGCUCACUACUGUUCAUCCUGUUGCAGUUUCGAGAGAAUCCAGUGGGUCUUACCGGGGACUUACGUGAAAUGUUUCACCAAGUGGGAAUCCGAGUCGAGGAUCAACAGUGCCAGCGGUUUCUAUGGUGGAACGAAAAGGGAGAAAUCGUUGUUUACGUGAUGCAGGUCAUGACCUUCGGGGCCUGCUGCUCACCCAGCUGCGCGCAAUAUGUCAAAAACCUGAAUGCGGAGCGGCAUGCAGGUGAGUACCCAAGAGCAGCCGAAAUUAUCCAGAAACGGCACUACGUGGAUGAUAUGCUCGUUAGCCUGGAAACCGAGGAGGAGGCAAUACGAAUCGCAAGGGAAGUGAAGCACGUACACCAACAAGGCGGUUUUGAGAUCCGUAAUUGGAUUAGUAAUUCGCCGGCAGUCUUAAGAGCCCUCAGGGAAGAAAGAACGGACGAAAAAGAUUUGGACCUUACGCCAGAAAUCAGCACGGAGAAGGUUCUGGGCAUGUGGUGGUGCACCGCAUCUGACACCUUCACCUACAAGGUCGGGUGGAACCGCUACGAUCGCGCCCUUCUGCUGGGUCAAAUUCGCCCAACUAAACGAGUUGUUCUACGGGUGCUAAUGUCGAUGUUCGACCCUCUCGGGCUGAUCAGUCAUUUCCUUAUGUUCCUGAAGGUCCUCUUACAAGAAGUACGGCGCUCAGGGGUGCAGUGGGAUGAAGAAAUAACUGACGAUGCGUUUACGAAGUGGCAACAGUGGUUGAAGGUAUUGCCUCAGGUCGAGCAAGUCAGAGUUUCCCGUUGCAACCGAUCGCUAUCCUACGACUCAGCUGAGGAAGUAGAGCUCCACGUAUUUGUUGAUGCUAGCGAAAACGGUAUCGCUGCUGUCGCAUUUUUGCGAUUCAUCAAAAACAGCUCCGUCGAAUGCUCAAUAGUCGCCGCGAAGACCAGGGUAGCACCACUAAAAUUUGUAUCGAUUCCACGUUUAGAAUUACAGGCUGCAGUCGUUGGCGCCAGGCUGUCGAGGACGAUAACGGAUGCCCUGUCCAUCGACGUAGCCAGGAAGUACUACUGGACAGACUCUCGGGACGUACUGUGUUGGCUAAACUCAGACCAUCGACGGUACACACAAUACGUAGCGUUCCGUGUAAGUGAGAUUUUGGAUCUUACCGAGGCAAACGAGUGGCGCUGGGUGCCAUCUAAGAUGAACGUUGCAGAUGACGGUACCAAAUGGAGCUCCAAACCCGAUCUUACACCCGAAAGCAGAUGGUUUGUAGGCCCAGACUUCCUACAGCGGCUGGAAGCGGAUUGGCCUCCACAGCUAACGAAGAGCAGAGCAACAGAAGAAGAACUUCGUCCUAACCUGAUGGCGUGUCACACUUCAUGUGAACCUACAAUAGAUACCAAAAACUUCUCUAGCUGGAAGCGUCUACUUAACGUUGCUGUCCUCGUCCUCCGCUUUCCUGUCAACUGCCGCAAAAAACUCUGCAACGAAACAACUGUCACUGGACUACCAACUACAGAAGAACUGAUAUCAGCUGAAGCCUUUCUUCUACGAUCUGCUCAACGCGAGGGUUAUCCGGAAGAGUCCGCAUAUCUAAAUAAAACACAGAAAAACUGCGUCAGAUCGAGCACAGUGCCGAAGCAGAGUAGCCUAUUCCAGCUAAUGCCUUGGUUAGAUAGCAGAGGUAUCAUGCGGAUGCGAACAAGAAUUGGAGCCUGUCACUACGCAACAGAAGACGCAAAGAAACCAAUAAUUCUUCCACGUGAUCACCCCACUACCAACCUACUGAUUGCACACUACCAUCAACGAUUCCAUCACCAAAAUCAUGAGUCAGUAAUCAAUGAAGUUCGGCAAAGGUUCAACAUUCCGCGCAUCCGUGCUGCAUACGCCAAAGUUAGGAAGAACUGCCAACGAUGCAAAAACGAUCACGCUUCACCGAAACCGCCGAUCAUGGCUGAUCUUCCACCAGCGCGUCUAGCCGUGUUCUCACCACCUUUCACGCAUACGGGCCUUGACUUUUUUGGACCGAUUGAGGUCUCCGUCGGAAGGCGCAUCGAAAAACGUUGGGGAAUGCUCGCUACGUGCCUAACUAUUCGUGCAAUCCAUAUUGAGGUGGUACACUCACUGAGCAGUGAUUCCUGCAUAAUGGCGAUUCGCAAUUUCAUCGCCCGCCGAGGUACGCCCAGAAGGAUCUACUCCGAUAGAGGCACGAACUUCAUAGGGGCGUCACGUCAACUGGAAGAGGCCGCCACAGUGGUGAACGUGGACGAAGUGAUGAAGGAGUUCGUUACUUCCGAAACAACGUGGUCAUUCAACCCACCGCUCGCUCCACACAUGGGUGGCAGUUGGGAGCGGUUGAUAGGUAGUGUGAAGCGGAACCCCCCACGAAAUCCAACCGAUGAAGUUCUACGGAAUCUGUUGGUUGAGGUCAAAAACAUAAUCAACUCCAGACCACUAACUCACGUCCCAGUUGAUGACGACAGUGCCCCCGCUCUAACACCGAACCAUUUCCUUCUUGGCUCUUCAAAUGGAAUCAAACCGUUUUCCACCAUCGACGAUAGCAACGCUGCCCUCCGGCAGAAUAUCUUAGCGUCGCAAGUACUGGCCAAUCAGUUCUGGCGGCGUUGGUUAAGCGAUUAA